ACUUUUUCUGCGGCCUGUUCGCCAUAUCGCGUAUUCGUUUUGUGCGAGACUCGUCGACCAGUCGUUACUCCCCGUAUACUUGAAUCAUUAUUUUACUGUUUUAUAAUGUUUUUAUCAGCCGUAAAUAUGUGACAGUAAACCUGGAUAAUCACGAGGGCGGCCAUCGCAGAUAAUGGGCCUAAAAGCAGCGGUGCAGGCCCUAAAGAAAGCUGAACCACUAAAGGACAAAGUACAACAAUGUAAGGAUCUUCUUAAUGACAAUGACGCUUGGCUUUGCCAACAACAAUUACAAAAGAUUUAUCAACAAGUUCUCAUUUUGGACCUCGAAUAUGCUCUCGAUCGUAAAGUGGAACAGGAACUUUGGAAUCUCGGUUUUAAGAAUUACAUAGCUCUACUUCAAUCGCAAGCUAAGGAUCGAAAAAAUCCAAAGAGAGGCGAGUCCCAGGCGAUGCUUAGUUGGUGCCUCGAAGGAGCCAGUGGCUUUUAUUUGACUCUCCUUCAGGAAAUCUGCACUGCAUUCGAUCUCGAUUUACCUUUCAGAAGAAAAGGAUACGUUUAUGGUUGUACGUCGCCGUGGAAAGCAAUUGAAAAAUUGACAGCACCACACAAGUCUUCGUGUUUUUACGCCUGUCAAUAUUGUCUAGUACACUUGGGUGAUAUUGCACGUUACAAAAAUCAAAAUAAACAAGCGGAAUUAUUUUAUCGACACGCAGUGUCAUUGUCACCGUCGAGUGGUCAACCCUACAAUCAAUUGGCACUUUUGGAAGCAUCACGUGGCGAUAAAUUGGGCACUGUUUUCCAUUAUGCACGUUCAAUAGCCGUUAAACAUCCAUUUCCAGUGGCGACGACAAAUUUGGCAAAAACACUCUCGUCCGUCAUGAAUGAUACAUCAUUUAAUAUCAAUGGAAAAACAAAAUUAACCUCACAAGAGUAUUUAUUGGUAUUUUUGAAAUUGCACGCUAUAUUACACAAUUUGGGUGAUUUGAGUGAGGCGACGAAAUACACGAAAUUAUUGACAGAAACAUUAACGGCAUUAAUUGCCACUGAGAGUUUCAAUUCAUGGCGACUUGUACAAAUGUUGGUUAUUAAUUUAUAUGCCUUGCAACAUGCGAUUGGAACAUCGUCGGACAAUACGGAUUUUUUAUCUGUCGAUCAAUUGAGCGUUGAUGAGAAAUUCGCUAAGGAAUGUAUUUUGGAUCUUGUCGCUGGUAGUCUCUCAGCUCUUUUGUUGCCUGUUUAUACGAUCAAAAAUGCAAUUGUCGAUUAUUUCGCUUUGCCAAGUAUCAAAUUGUGCCUUGAUUGGAUUCGUCUGAAACCGACUUUAUUGGAGGAGCCUGCUUUCACAACUCGGCUGCAAAUAUGGCCAAGUCUUUGUGUUUUACUCAACGGUCUACAAACCUGUGUAUUAGACUUCAAGCACGAACAGUAUACCAAAGUACCACUGCCGGAGGAUCGAGACCUUCAGGGUUUUCUGCCAUUGGAGAAAAGUUUCGAACCUCUAAGAUUCACAAACACGGAUUUGGAAGGCGACAAUGUUUCUCUCAAUAAAUUGCGAGCGAUUCGAAUUUUGCAAUCGGGACGAAAAAUAUCCCAAUAUCAAAUCAAUGGCUCCGCUUUAAUAACAGUCGGAGAUGAGGAGAAUGAAAAAUUUACGUCUGCAAUCGAGGGCGUUGGACCCAGUAACGAAUUAAUGCGCGAAUUGGAGGAACUCAGUUUGAAUAAGGAAAAGCAAAUUGUUGCCAAUAGUCCCGUUCCAUCAGAGUCGGCGAGCAGUAAAGGAUCCUCUGAGACGGACGCCUUUGAAAUCUUACUCGAAAAGAGAGUUGGUAUUCUCAAACCGCAAGGUUCUUUGGAGAGAAAUCGUGACAAUGUGGUGAAUAGUACGAGUGUAAUUAUUGCCGAAUCGCACGCAACGCCCGCAACACGUAAACCGCGUCAAAAUGUCGCGAUGCAAGCGAUAAUGCGACGAGCCGAGACCGAGCAAAAACAAGUGACCUUCAAAAAUAUCUCACCAGUAAUUACCGAUCUGGACGAAUUAAAGAAGAAAAAACAAACCACUAUCACUUCUCCCGGAACCAAAAAUUCUCCAUCCGCCAGUCAACCAAUCACCGUUCAAAAUCGUCCUGCCCUAAUUUCAAAUCCAAACCAGGCGAAGAAAUCGCCAAAUCCAAUUACAUCUCCGCCUCAGAAUUCAAUUUCCCAUCAACAAACUCUCGUCCCAAGUCAAAUUCAAACUCUCGCACCAAAUCAAAUACAAACUCUCGCUCCAAGUCAAAUCCAAACUCUAAAUCAAAUCCAAUCUCAACAAACUCUAAAUCAAAUCCAAUCUCAACAAAUGAAGACGCAAGGACAGAUUCAGUCAAUGAUUCCAACUCAGGGCCAGCAGAACCAUCAGCAGCCACAAUUAAUUCCCCAACAGGGUCAACAAUUUUCCCCGAGCGAUCAGAGAAAUAUCUCUCAAUACCAAUUGCCAGUGAACUGUUUCCAAAAUCAAUCGUUCAACGUCCAGAAUCCCGCAUUCAGCAAGAACUUCAUUGUCAACCAGUCGGAUUUUCCCCUCCAAGGAGCGCAAUACCAACAAAAUCGUUUACAUCCCCGCGCCACUCAGAAUCCAAUAAUAAAUCUAAAUCCACAGCAAAAAAUCCCCAAUCUCGCUCAACAGAAUAUUUCAACUCUAAAUCCAAACGUCAACCUCCAAGCCAACUCAACAAUGCGUAUUCAUCAACAGAACAUGUUACCAGAUCCCCGUAACAAUGGAAUCAAUUUGCCAAAUACAUUAAACAUGCCAGGUUCAAUGAUUGCCGCGACAAAUUUAACAGGCUAUCAAAAAAAUCUCCAGCCUGGUAUCGUCGCACCACCUACGCCAUUGAAUUCCGAGCAUGGUAAUCUUCAAAUGAAUUUCAAUUCAAACUACGGACAGCAGAGUAAUUUCAAUCAAAUGUCGUCGAAUUUUGCUGCUAAAAAUCAGGGGCAAUUUUCACAGAUGCCACCACAGACGACGGGCUUAAAUAAGGGACAGGCGAUUAAUAACUAUGCAAUGUUUCAUGGUUAUGAGAAUAAGGAUUUUAAUCCGUGGAAGCAGGAACCACAGGCGCCGCCGCAACCGCCAAUCACGUGGUGGGGAAAUUCGGGACAAGGACAAAUGUUACCGGGAAAGGAGAGUACGAGCAAUGAAGUAUUUUCGAAUUGGACGAAUGCACCGAAUUCGGGGAAUAUGAUAGGACGAGUGCCUAUUAAUUCGGGAAAUAAUUAUUCGCAAAAUAGUUUUCAUGGGCGGCAUUAUAAUCCAAGGAGUGGUCCUGAAGACGCACGAUCGUUUGAGAUGGAUCAGAAGCAACAACAAACAAUCACAACAGGAAACACUUAUUCCCUAUUCAGUGGCAAUAGUUGGGGUGCGAGUGGACAAUCGUCAGGUAUGUCAAAUCAAGACCAAAUGAAGAGUCGACUAAAUCAACAAUCGCUCUGGUCUGGACCUGGACCAUCACCACUCGAACGUCUCUUGGAACAGCAAAAAUCCCUUCGAGAAGGCGGCACUUGAAGGAAAACAAAAAAAUGACCCAUGUCGUCGUUGAUUAAAAAAAAAGGGGAAAUUCCUGUUUUUUCAAUUACCCAAAACACGCGGGACGGGUAACAAAAAAUAUGUCAAAAGCAAAAAUGUUAAAUUACCAAGAAGUCAAUUUAUAAACACACUGGAAUUUAAAUUGCAUAGUGAGAGAGCAAAAAAAAAAAUACAAAUUUAGAGAGUUCUGUAGAAAGACGAAAUAGGCCAACGUAAAAGAGAGAACAUCUACAAAACAAAAACAAAAAAAUAAAUUAAUUAAAAAGCAAAAAAGUGUAGCUCCAAAAAGACUAGUUCUUGGAAUAAAUAAAACUAUGUAUUUGGAUGCACUAAGAGAGGAAUAAAACAUUGAGCAAUUUUCCCGUGAAAAAAAUAACAAAGAAACAAAUAAAAAAAAAAUACAAGAAACUCGUGCAAAGGAGGCCAGAAAGGCUGGUUUUAAAGAAUACUGAUAAAUACCGAAAAAAAAGUCCCCCUGUGACGAUAAAAAAAACAAAAGAACUAGAUUUCGUUUAUCAGUAGUCGAAAAUUGAGAGUGGCCUCUGUUAGUAUAUUACAAGUGUAGUUAAAUUAUUAUGUAAUUGACAAAAGUUAAUUCGCAUUUUUUUGACACGAAGAUUUCUAGUUUCGUUAUAUUUUCGUUUUCUUUUUUUUUCCUUUUUAAGAAAGAAGCUUAUCUCGAGGCCGUGUGUUUCUUUUCCUUGCACUUUUUAUACCACAAGUUUAACUUAUUUUAACGACAAUACUUGUCUAAGAUCCAAUUUAAAGAAUAAGAAAUUUUUUUUCUAUUCUAACAAUUUUUUUUUCCACAAUAAAUCUCUGAACGACAAUCCAAUUAUCAAUUUAGUAGAUUUUAUAACUGAAUUAGGAAAAAAUGUAUCAGAUUUGUUUUGGAAAUUCAAAAUUAAGAGCUUAAUUAGAUGUCCGCGGCUUCGAUGAUAGUUAAGUAGAGGACAAUAUUUAAAAAAAAAUGACGUAGUGGCAUAAAUAUUAUGUUUAAAUUAACAAAAUUCAUAGUUAUAUUCGAUUACAGGCAAAAUAAAAUGAUGUUGGAAUUAAAUUUAA